AUGGCAUCCAAAGAGGGUGUCCUCAUUACAGGGUGCAGUGAUGGAGGCAUCGGGUCUGCACUAGCACUCGAGUUUCAAAGGCGAGGCUAUCACGUAUUUGCCACAGCUCGCAACCCCUCAAAGAUGUCCCGGCUAAACGGUUUGUCAGGAGUGACAACUUUGGCACUCGACGUCGUCAAACCAGACGAUAUGAAAACUGCAGUCGCCGCGGUAGAGGGCAGCGGGACCACCUUGAAGUAUCUCAUUAGUAAUGCAGGGCGGAAUCAUUUCAUGCCUAUCCUGGAUGAAGACCCGCAGGCAAUUCGUGACCUUUUUGAGGUCAACCUCAUUGGCCCAAUCACGCUGACCCAGGCCUUUGCUCCCUUGCUCAUCAAGGCAAAGGGCAUGGCGGUCUACAUUACCUCAAUCUCAGGUUAUCUUAGCAUUCCGUACAUGGGAACGUAUUCGGCCUCGAAGAGAUCGCUAGAGAUUGUGGCCGACACUCUCCGUCUGGAGCUUGCCCCAUUCGGUGUCGAUGUCCUCGAAGUCGUCACAGGUGGCGUCAAGACCAAUGGACAGACAUAUUUUGAAGACUUGAAGCUACCGGAAGAGUCACUCUACAAGCCAAUCGAGGACACCUUUGUCAACAGAGCGCAAGGCAAGGGCGAUGGCCUGGAAAGGAUGGAUGCGGCGGAGUAUGCAUCGGCCGUGGUGGAUGCAAUUGCUAACCGUACCACCGGUCGCUUCUGGUUUGGUGUUAAUGCCGAGGCAGUAAGAAUGAGUACAACCGCGACAACAGUCCCACAAUCUGCCAUGGAUGCCGGGGCAGUCAUGGGAACAGGACUUGAUGCGUUGGAAAGCGGUGACAAAUGA